UCUUCCUAACCACAUCCUCCAACGUAACUUCCAUGAGCGAACCUCAACCUACUAUAGCGACUCGCACCACUGGGGCAUCAGACUCGGACAAUAUCACCACUGCCGCCAGACAGUCCGAGGCUGUGGCAGCCUCGGUAAUGAAACGAAUACUUGCCUGGAGCUUUCUUUAUACCUCCAUUAGGAUGAGUCUCGAAUAUUAUGUCCCCGCACAGCCCACGACAUCAUCCCAUCUGCUCCAAAUCAUGUACCUGCUCUCUUUGAUCCUAGCGAUAGGAAUCGUAAAGAUCCCUCUGGCCCCCUGGUUGAUGGCACUCGACUUCGGGGCAGCUACUACAAUUCAUGUCUUCCUUUUCUGGUCCUCAGACUCUCCCUCACCCCAGCCCUUGCCACCAUUUCACUUUCUUACCAUUGUAUACGGUGCAUAUACAGUGUUAGAAAAAUUUAGAGGCCCGUUAGUAUUGACGGGAAUCACCUUUCUGUCUAUGAUUUAUUUGGUAGAAGGAGAGUUCCCGUUAGAGAGAAUGGGAUUCUUUUGCCAUUUGAUCCCGGGAACUAGGAUACCGGUGGAGUCCACAACCAACAAACUGAAGCUGCCAUCUAGAGAAGAACACAGACAGAACGAAGCCAUGGUUUAAGUACUAAUGGAUCUCCUGUUUUAAUAAUCUUAGUAAUUGUCAGUUAUGACAUACUAGGGCCUAGUGGACUGCUGUAAUUUGUUGUCCACCGAGGCUGCUUGAAUUCCAUCGUCCGAGUUGUUG